AUGGCAGAUUAUUAUACAUAUCAGAGGAAGAGAAGGGACUUGGGGAAGCCUUGCAAUUUUUAGGAGAGUGAAAUCAAAAUAGCCGGUUAUACUAAGACGGUUGCGAUUGUUCCGAACUACGUGAAAAGAAAUCCAAAUCACAUUGAUUUGGAUAACAUUGCUGAAUAUUCGGAGCAUUCGGUGAAUACAGAGAGAGUAUCGACAGGAGACAAGGUGAUGUAUCAUAAAGAAGGAGGGUGGCCUGCAGGUAUAGACCCAUUGGAGCAGCAAGACCAAAACAAAUACAGAAGGAGGUUCGAGAAAGAUUCGGCAUUUGCAGUUGCUGUCAAGGAGUUGAGCACAACAGUGGAGAAAUGCAUACUCCAAAAUAACCAGAUAGAUUUGUUUGAGGAGUAUUUCUUGGACGAAGAAAGUGAACAUCAAGUGGAGAAUCUCAGCACUAAGACUUUGAUGCUAUUCAAGGAUUAAGCAGAAGGAGGAGUCAAGAGAUCUGUGUCUGAAAUAUCUUGGCAUCCAGAAGGCCCAAUCAAGGCAGCAGUAUCUUAUGCCAUUAGCAGAUUCUAACAAAUGCCUGAAGGAAUGGUGAAAUCAUCAUAUGUUUGGGAUCUAUAAAAUCCAAAUAAUCACGAAUCUGAAUUAGAAACGAAUUCUCCAAUUACUAAUUUGAUGUACAAUCCAAAGUUGUCCGAUUAAAUCGGAGGUGGCUGUUAUAAUGGUUUGGUUGCUGUUUGGGAUGUUAAGAGAGGUAAAUAGCCCGUCUUGACAUCCCCUGUUGAAAAGUCUCAUCACGAUCCAAUCACUCAUUUUCAAUGGUUGUUUAGUAAAACUGGUACUGAGUGUGUGACUACAUCCACUGAUGGUCGUGUGUUAUGGUGGGAUACCAGAAAAUUGAAUGAAGGUCCAAUUGAAUCGUUGAAUGUAACUGAAGGAGCAAAUCCAAAUGAUCCAUUGAUUGGUGCAACAGUAUUGGAAUACAACACAGAAGCAGGACCAACUAAAUAUUUAAUUGGUACAGAAAUGGGAUCCUUAAUGGUUGCUAACAAGAAACCAAAGAAGGCUGUUGAAAUUACAGCUAGAUAUGGAUUGGAGAGUGGACGUCAUUUGGGACCAGUCAUGUCUAUCAAUAGAAGUCCUCCAAAUCCCAAAUUCUUCUUAACAGUUGGAGAUUGGAGUGCUAAGAUUUGGGUCGAGGAUAUCAAGACUCCAAUAAUGAGAACUAAAUAUCAUGGCAGUUAUUUGACUGAUGGUUGUUGGUCUCCAACUAGAAAUGGAGUGUUCUUCUUAACUAGAAAAGAUGGUUGGAUGGAUGUUUGGGAUUACUAUUAUAGAUAGAAUGAAAUUGCAUUCAGUCACAAGGUAAGUGAGACAGCCCUUACCUGUAUAAAAAUAAAUUCUAAUGGUGGUGCUCAUCAUAAUGCUGGUAAAUUGGUAGCCAUUGGAGAUUAGGAUGGUACAGUCACUUUAUUAGAACUAUGUGAUUCAUUAUACUAAUUAUAAUUUAGAGAGAAAGAUGUGAUGAAUGAAAUGUUUGAUAGAGAGUCAAGAAAAGAAAAGAAUCUAGAAGCCAUUAAGAAACAGUAAGAUUUAAUGAAAAAGGUUGUUCCAAAAGAUAAUAAGGCAGCCCAAUAGAAAUGGGAGUAAAGAAAAGCUGAAUUGAUAGCUGAAGCUGAACAACAAUUUAGUCAAAUCGUUAAAAAGGAUGAAGAGGCUAAAUUAAAUGAUUUGUCUGAAUUCAGUCCUAAAACUCAAAAAAAAGAAGAUAAGAAGCCCUAGUCCCCCAAAGAUGAUGAUAAAUAACAACAGUAAGGAGAUGAUGAUGGAUAACAACAAGGUCAAUAAGAUCAGGGACAAGAUCAAGGAGACAAAGACGGUGGGCAAUAACAAGAUGGAGACGAUGGUUAACAAUAAGGAGAUGAUGGCUAAUAAUAAGAUGGAGACGACGGUUAACAAUAAGGAGAUGAUGGAUAACAAUAGGGAGAUGAUGGACAACAAAAAGGAGAUGAGGGAGAUGGCCAAAAAGAAGGUGAACAGGAUUGAUCAAAAUAACAAUAUUAAUAUUUAUCGGAAUGCAUAUACAAAUAAUUAA